UCAGAUUUGUUUCUCUCUCUCUCUCCACUGCUGCUUUUGUAUGAAUUGCAACCAAGCCGAGGCAGUUACUGUCUAUUUGAAUACUGGAGAUACAAGAGGAUGUGGCUGAUUUGCUUCUGUUGUAUUUUGUGCGCAGUUAUGCAGGGUUCCCUAUCAGAGGAAGGGAAGGAAGAUAUCCACCCUUACCAACGAGCCUUUGAUCCCUGUGUGACUCACGGCGUUCUGGACCAGGACUGGAGAAGCGUGAACAAUACAAAAGGCACGGAUAAAAAUGGGAAAAUACAUUGUGAUAAAGCAGGAGAGACUGACAUUAACUUCCCCGGGUGGUUCAGAUUCAAAGGCAAUGCUGGGAAUAGAAUGUUAGACAAGUGCCCAAAGCACGACACAUGCGGAACUCGUCAGCCCAUGUGGUUGAACGGUAAACACCCAGCAAAAGUAGUUGGCAUGUUCAGUAGAAAGACAUGCGGCGAGGAAAAACAACGUGCCUCACGCGUCAACUGA